AUGCGGCAGUCAAUUACUCUUAAAGACGUUGAUCAACAGAAAUUCGUUAAGGCGUUUGCUGCCUUUUUGAAAAAAUCUGGCAAAAUGAAAAUCCCCGAAUGGGUUGAUUUAGUUAAAACAGCCAAAUUUAAAGAAUUAGCUCCUUAUGAUGAAAACUGGUAUUACACAAGAUGUGCUGCAUUGGCAAGACAUAUUUACUUUAGAUCACCUGUCGGAGUUGGUGCUGUUACAAAAAUAUUUGGAGGAAGGAAACGUAACGGAGUUUGUCCUUCCCAUUUCUGUAGGAGCUCGGGAGCUGUAGCGAGAAGAGCAUUACAAAGUCUUGAAAGUGCUAAACUUAUUGAAAAAACAGAAGGCGGUCGUAGGUUGACAAAUCAAGGUAGAAGAGAUCUUGAUAGAAUUGCCGCCCAAGUUUUUGUCAAAAGGGAGGAGUAG